AUGCCGAUCAGGAUCCAUGUGAGGGUUGCGUUUCUUUGCCAUACGGUGCGGGCGUUCGUUCAGGAAUGUGCCCAGGAUGCUGCAGACCCUGGAGGGCUCCUUGUCCGAGGAGGGCGGCGGAGAUAUCCGUGGCCAUCCACGAUGGGAGUUCCACCGGCUUCCAGGCUCUGGAUUUCUCAUCCAAUCCUGGAGGGGGACGCCUGGCGGCUCCGCGGCAGCCGGAGGGUCCCGUGCAGCGACUCCGCGGCGGCCCCGGGCAGCACAAAAAGAGGCCGUGGGGCGGCGGGGGAUGCCGCCGCUCAGCGGGUCGCGCCGCCGGCUCUGCCCCCGCGGCGCCUCGGCGCGACGCGCGGGCCACGUCGCAGCCCCCAUGGGGGCUGCGACGUGGCCA